AUGGCCGAGAACCACGGUAUAUACCCGUACCAACCCAGCCAAAUCGGCGCUGUAAUCUUCCUAAUCGCAUUCGGUCUGAGUGCGGCAACACACCUUUUCCAAAUGAUACGCGGAAGAGCAUGGUUCUACAGUUCCUUCACCGUUGGAGCAAUCAUGAUGUCCCUCGGCUACGCCGCUCGAGUCGUCUCCGCCAAAUCGCCACUCUCUCUAGGCCCUUAUAUCAUGCAGUCACUGUUUAUUAUCCUUCCUCCUUCUCUCUACGCCGCGACGAUAUACAUGAUUUACGGCCGCCUCGUUCUCUUCGUUAACGCCUCGCACGCUUCCAUCAUCAAACCCGAAUACGUUACGAAGAUUUUUGUUUGUGGGGAUGUUCUUGCGUUUUUCCUGCAGGCGGGCGGUGGCGGGAUGAUGGCUCAGGUCGACAUGGGCAAGCUCGGACAGACGAUCAUGCUGAUCGGUCUUGCAGUUCAACUUCUGUUUUUCGGGUUCUUCGUCAUCAUAUCCGUUAUUUUCUACUUGAGGUUACGGCGUAGUGGGGGAACCGUGUCUGUUGUUCAAUAUGGCAAAUAUGCGUGGCCUGCGCUGCUGAAGCUCAUGUUGUGCGCGGCUGUCGUCAUCAUUCUCAGAUGCGUGUUUCGUAUCAUUGAGUUUGCGCAGGGACAUUCUGGAUAUCUCGCGAGCCACGAGAUUUACAUGUAUGUCUUUGACACGCUGCCUAUGUUUGGUGUGCAAAUCAUGUUUCAUUUCAUUCGGGCGAACGAUGUGUUCGGCUCAAGGGCGGCGGGGAAGCUAUCGGAUCGGGAGAGUAUGAUUCACUUGUACGAGAGGCAUUGA